CCUAUCCCUGCCCCUCUAGUUUCCGGUGCCGUCACGGGGCAGAGCAGUCGGUGACAGCCCCGAGGGCCCCCGCCCCGCUCCCAUGGCCGAGCCGGACCCCUCUGACCCUCUGGAGACCCAGGCAGGGAAGGUGCAGGAGGCUCAGGAUUCAGACUCAGACACUGAGGGAGGAGCCACCGGUGGAGAGGCAGACAUGGACUUCCUACGGAAUUUCUUCUCCCAGACCUUGGGCCUGGGAUCCCAGAAGGAGCGUGUGCUGGAUGAGCUAACCCUGGAAGGCGUGACACGCUACAUGCAGAGCGAGCGCUGUCAAAGGAUCAUCUGUUUGGUGGGAGCUGGAAUCUCCACAUCUGCAGGCAUCCCUGACUUCCGCUCUCCAACCACCGGCCUCUAUGCCAACCUGGAGAAGUACCGCCUUCCCUACCCAGAGGCCAUCUUUGAGAUCAGCUAUUUCAAGAAACAUCCAGAACCUUUCUUUGCCCUUGCCAAGGAGCUCUAUCCUGGGCAGUUCAAGCCUACCAUCUGCCACUACUUCAUCCGCCUGCUGAAGGAGAAGGGGCUGCUGCUGCGCUGUUACACGCAGAACAUAGACACACUGGAGCGAGUGGCAGGGCUGGAGCCGCAGGACCUGGUGGAGGCCCACGGCACAUUCUACACAUCACACUGUGUCAGCCCCGCCUGCCGACAAGAGUACACACUGAGCUGGAUGAAAGAGAAGAUCUUCUCAGAGGUGACUCCCAAGUGCGAGAAAUGUCAGAGUGUGGUGAAGCCUGACAUCGUGUUUUUCGGUGAGAACCUUCCGGCUCGCUUCUUCUCCUGCAUGCAGUCAGACUUCUCGAAGGUGGACCUCCUCAUCAUUAUGGGCACCUCGCUGCAGGUGCAGCCUUUUGCCUCCCUCAUCAGCAAGGCACCACUGUCCACCCCACGCCUGCUUAUCAACAAGGAGAAGACAGGCCAGACAGACCCUUUCCUGGGCAUGAUGAUGGGCCUGGGAGGCGGCAUGGAUUUUGACUCCAAGAAGGCCUACAGGGAUGUGGCCUGGCUGGGUGACUGUGACCAGGGCUGCCUGGCUCUUGCUGACCUCCUUGGAUGGAAGAAGGAGCUGGAAGACCUUGUCCGGAGGGAGCAUGCCAGCAUAGAUGCCCAGUCGGGGUCACAGACCCCCAACCCCACCACUACCGCUUCCCCUAGAAGGUCCCCACCUCCUGCCAAGGAGGCAGCCAGGGCCAAAGAGGGCGAGAAGUCCCAGUGAUGGCUGCCUCUCAGGCAGGACGGCAGCUCCUCUGAGACUGCAGAGCCCCAUCCAGCACUGGUCCCUCUAACAUGUGGCUCAUGUGGGGGGCUCAGUAUAUCCUUCAGUCUCUUAACCACUCUCUUGAAACCAGGGUCCCCCAGCUCCAUCCAGCAAAUUUUUAACAUGCCCAAGGGCAGAGGCCUAUGUGUCCUGUCUCAUAACAGCCCAUAGCCUCUAACUACCUAAAGCAAUGAGCAACCUCCCCUAACCUCUAACUACUUCCAGGGAUCAGGGUACCCCCAAGCUCCCAACUGUGCCAAGAAAGGGCACUCAGGGCCUCUACUUUCUUGACUGUUUCCAGGGGCCCUGUGGCUAAAUAAACCAAAUUAACUUACCUAGCAUGGGAGGUGGACCCUCAAAAUAGAACUUACACAGGGUAUGGGACCUUCCAACUCUCUGCCUCCAACAACCAAAGUGAAUUCUGGGCCCCCUUCCCUUGGAAUCCACUAGCCAGGGGGAGGGCGAUGGGCAGGAGGCCUUGCUUACUGGAGACAAAUUAAAAACCAAACCAAACCAACCAA